ACUGGAGCAGUGACUGUCAUGGCGUCUCCCUUGAAGGGGGUUUGGUACUGGAGAAAGUAGCCGCUGUCAUUUGUCUGUUUCCCCCCUCACACAGAGCAGCUACGUCCGGCCGAAGAGGUGUUUAGGAGCGGGUAGUCACCAUGGGGACCGUCCAUGCUAAGAGUCUGGAUCCUCUACCGAUGCAUGGCCGGGACUUGGGCGUCCACCCUGAUGACCUGAUGGAGACUCCAGAACCAGAGCAGGACUCCAAGCAGGAGAUCCUCGAAAACAAAGAUGUGGUCGUCCAGCAUGUCAACAUUCAGGGCCUGGGGAGAACCAAAGAGGAUCUGCUCGGCUAUGAGAUCUCUGACGUUUUUCACGCCAAAAACCUCAUUGAUGUGAUGAAAAAAGCUCACGUGGCCAGACAGAAGCUGCUCCGCCUGGGAAUCUUCAAAGAGGUGGAGGUUCUUAUCGACACAUCCGAAGGUGUAGACGCCCUCCCCAAUGGGCUGGAUGUAACGUUUGAGGUGACGGAGGUCAAGAGGCUGACAGGAAGCUACAACACCAUGGUUGGCAACAAUGAAGGAAGCAUGGUGCUGGGUCUGAAGCUGCCCAACAUGUUUGGACGAGCAGAGAAGCUCACGUUUCAGUUCUCUUACGGGACAAAGGAGACGUCCUACGGUCUGUCCUUCUUCAAGCCCCAGCCAGGACACUUUGAACGCAACCUAACCCUCAACAUGUACAAAGUCACCGGCCAGUUUCCCUGGAGCUCAUUAAAAGAGACUGACAGAGGCGUGUCUGCAGAAUUAAACUUUCCUCUUGGGGUGACCAACCACACACUGAAGUGGGAGGGCGUAUGGAGGGAGCUGGGCUGCCUGGCACGCAGCGCUUCCUUCGCAGUGCGAGAGGAGAGUGGACACUCGCUGAAGUCCGCCCUCUCGCACACCGUGUCUGUCGAUUCAAGGAAUUCUGCCAUCUUUCCCAGCAGAGGUGCCUUACUACGCAUCAACCAGGAGCUGGCUGGGUACACUGGAGGAGACGCCAGCUUCUUGAAAGAGGAUUUUGAGCUGCAGCUCAACAGACGGCUCUUCUGGGACUCUGUCUUGUCUGCCUCUCUGUGGGGAGGGAUGCUUUAUCCCAUCGGAGGACAGCCCACCUGCAUCGCUGACAGGUUCUACCUUGGAGGUCCCACUAGUGUACGAGGAUUUGGGAUGUACAGCAUUGGGCCACAGAGUGAAGGUGACUAUCUGGGUGGAGAGGCGUACUGGGCAGGCGGUCUGCACCUCUACACCCCUCUGCCAUUCAGACCAGGAAAGGGAGGCUUCGGAGACCUUUUUAGAACGCACUUCUUUCUCAACGCAGGCAACCUCUGCAACCUCAAUUACGGUGAGGGUCCCCGAGCACACCUUCAGAAGCUAGCCGAGUGCAUUCGCUGGUCGUAUGGAGCGGGAAUCGUGCUGCGGCUCGGAAACAUCGCCCGACUGGAGCUUAACUAUUGCGUGCCCAUGGGAGUUCAGAGUGGAGACAGGUAGGAGCGCUGUGCAAGACUAUUCCCUAUACUCAGAGAUUUUACAGGAGUUUUAUGGCCCUGGAGAUA